AUGUGGGUGGAUAGUUUUUUAUCUCCACCGCGCCAAAGUCAAACCCCUGACCAGGUAAAGGCUGCUACGCCAAAAAUAGGCGCCGGUGACGCCGCGAAUGACGAAGAGCCCUCUUCUUCGGUGACUCAGUCGGAGACCUCCACGGUCAAGUCAGGCAAGAAGGCCGUUAGCAAGAAGGCUGCCCUAACUGCUAAAAAGGCGGCCGCUUUGGAACAGGCUGAGGAGGCUGCCUCCAUGGUCCCCCUGCAAGUGAAUAAACUUCGCGAGACUCGCAUGCAGGACGAGAAAAAACGCAAGGUAAGACACGCUGCACCCGCGGCUUCUCUUCGACCGCCCCCCUCCCUGCUCCUGCUGAAUCAGCAGCUAGGAUGA